UUUCCAAGACAACUAAGUGAUAUGAUAGGUCUAUAGUUCUCUGGGUUAUUUUUUUCACCACUUUAAUAAAUUGGCUUAAUUAUACCAACUAACCAUACCAACUAUAACCAUGAAUCGGGGAAAAUGCCAUUUUCAAAAACUAAAUUGAAAAGUUUCACAUACAGAGGUAUCAUGCAGUCAAUAGUUUGUUUAAUAUGUUCAUUUAUUAUAUUGUCUAAACCUGGGGCUUUAUCAUUCUUAAGAGUUUUUACCACAUAGAGGAUUUCUUUUUUCUAAAAUAGGUUCAUUCAAAACACUGUUGUUUUCAAAAUCAACAGAGAAAUCUGGCUCAGGAAUGAAGUCAUCACUGCUGUUUGCGUCUUUAAAAUAUUGAUGUAAUGUUUCUAGAAGCUCUAUGCGGCUACAAUCUCCGUUCCAGGCACCAGCCUUUGUGACGUCUCACACUAUGACCAGAGGAAGCGCCGCUCUCCUUCCAGGGACUUCAUCUGGUAAGAUGCCUCCCAGGAUUGGAAUGCUAAGAGCACCGAUACCAUUCACUGCGGCUAUGCAGUCAACAUUUGAUGGUUUUGCAGCUGUGCGGUCACCAUCUCCGUUCCAGGCACCAGCCUUUGUGACAUCUCGCACUACGACCAGAGGAAGCGCCGCUCUCCUUCCAGGGACUCCAUCUGGUCAAAUACCUCCCAGGAUUGGAAUGCUAAGAGCACCGAUACCAUUCACUGCGGGUAAUGUCUCCAAGUCUGCUUUCAUGCAAGGAAGUUCAGAAUUCAGUGGUAUGGCACCGAGACAUAUAGGGUAUGGUGGUGGUAUGCAAUAUGAUUCUGAUUCUGAUACCUGAUUUUGAUGAUUAUUGAAAACAUUUUUUAUUGCAUAUAUAUAUAGAGAGAGAGAGGUUAUUACCAGUGUUUUUCGGUAUCGUCAAUAUCAUAUAUUAGGAAUAAAAAUUGUAUUAUGCGA